AUGCACAGAAUGGGCGGCUGGUUUGGCGGAAAGGGAAAGCAGGUCCAUCCUGCAAUGAGCAUGACGGCUCUGGAUGAGAUUGCGCAGACCGUGACAUAUAUCAUGGCCGACGAUGUCGACGGCGCAGAGGCCUACCUCAGUAAAGGCACCUCCGAGAAGCUGUCGGCAGCAGAAGACGCCGCACACAAGCACCAGCAACACGCGGUCGGCAACCCUUCUACCUACCAGUCCGCCAUCUACCCUCCGGGAACCGAGUACGCCGUGUGCCUCGCCGAAGCCCGACUCAUGAGCGCCAUUGUCGGCGUCCUGAACGAGACACUGACGGAGGCGAUCAAGAGCUUCUAUAAGUUGCGGAAGGCGUAUAUCACGCUGGAGUCUGUUAUGGAAGCUGAAAGGCAGUAUAUCAAUGCGAAGAGUAGCGGCAGUCUGGAGUCGUCGGAAUCGGGUGCAUUUGCACUCUCCGGGACACCUUCUGCAGCAGUGUCGUCAAGUGGUUUGACGGCGACGACGCAAGAGAAAAAGGAAGCACUACAGAAGGCUAACAAGAGCCCUGAUGGCGAGGAUGACGACUUUGAAUUCGUCGACGCAGACGAGGAUCACACUGGAGUUUCCACACCUCAACAGUAUACCGGCCAUCUUGCUGGCGCAGCCGAGAAACAAGCACCCUCUCCAACUUCUCCGCCGAACGACACCUCUAACCGCCCCUCGUCGCCAGAACCUCCCGUAUCCACAUCGGAAGACAUCCCAGACAUAGCCCCGCUCACCCUCGCUCCAACCAUAAGUUCCGGUGUCGACAUCUCCCUCUUCGGCACCCACCCGGUGGAACAAUUCAUCAGCUCGGGCGCAAACUUCUGCUUCGGCAUCCUCCUACUCAUCAUCUCCCUCGUUCCCCCGGCCUUCGCUACUCUGCUCAAGAUCGUCGGAUUCAAGGGCGAUCGUGAAAGAGGCAUCCAAAUGCUCUGGCAGGCAACCAAGUAUCACAACAUCCACGGGGCAAUGGCCGGACUGGUGCUGUUCGGAUUCUACAGCACCAUACUUGGCUUCUGCGACAUCUUGCCCCGGCACGGCCCCGGCAGUUAUCCCAAGCAGAGGUGUAAAGCGCUCUUGGCGGAAAUGCGGCAGAGGCAUCCGAAGAGCCAUCUCUGGCUGUUGGAAGAGGCGCGCAUGAUGGCUUCCGAGAAGGACCUCGAGGCCGCCGUCGCCUUCAUGGAGAACAUGGGGGAAUGUCCGCUCAAACAGCUAGAAGCGCUGCAGUGGUUCGAACGUAGCUUGAAUCUCAUGUAUAUGCAUGAGUAUGAGAGAACGAGCAAAUCUUUCCAGAAGUGCGUCACGCUGAAUAACUGGAGCCACGGUUUGUACUAUUAUAUAUGCGGGGCUGCGCAUACGGAGGCGUAUAGGCGAGCGUUGGCGAAGACUCCGCCGGAUGCCGAAGAAGCGAAGAAGCAGAAGGCGAAGGCGAAGGCCAUGUUCGACAAGGUCAUACCUAAUGUGGGGAAGAAGCGAUUCAUGGCUCGUCAGCUCCCCUUUGAUGUCUUCGUCAGCCGGAAGAUGCAGAAGUGGGAAGCUCGAGCGAAAAGCUGGGGUGUCGAUCUCGUUGACGCUGCGGGUGUGAGUCCCCUCGAGGAACUCAUUUACUUAUGGAAUGGAUACAAGAGAAUGGGCGAGAAGCACCUGACCACCUCGCUGGAGAAUCUCGCGUGGAGCGAAAACGGUGCGUGGAAUCCUCUUUGGGAGAAGGAGGAGGGGAGGGAUGAGAAGGGCAUCCUCGCUCUCCUUCGAGCAGCUACGCUGCGGAGUCUGGGUCGUACGUCGGAAGCGAAAGAGAUACUGCAAAGGGAGAUCAUAGAGCACGAUAAGGCGCUGUUCAAGGGACACCUGAAGGAUUCGUGGACCGCGCCGUGUGCGAGAUACGAAAUGGCCGCUUGUCUGUGGAGGGAGGCAGAGCUGAUGGAAGAGGAGGGGAAGAAAGAGGAGAGGGUGGAGGUGUUGCGGGAAUGUAAGACGUGGUUAGAGGAAGUCGCCGCUUGGGAGACGUAUGACCUCGAUGCCAGGAUAGGCAUGAAGGUCACAACCGCUAAAGGGACGCUGCGGCGGAACGGAAUUGAGUGUUGA